GGGUUGUCAAACAGUAAAGUUUCAGCAGACACCUCCAUAGCAAAGUGUCACCGGGAGGCAAAGUACGUCAGAUAAUUAGAGCUGCGGUGGCAAAAGGGGGAAAAUACCGAAACGUGUGGAGAAAAUAUCAAGCUCGCGAACCCGUGGACUGUCACCUCCGCCUUGAAUUCAAAUUAAUUAUACGGGAAUUAAUAUAGAGAACCAGGAGCGCAAAUCAAGCUCGGACAUCAUCGUUAUCACUGAUAGCUGGAACGUCUAGAGAACUUAAAAACAGCCUGCAACCCUCGGUCCCCGCUUCUGAGAUGCCCUUGCCGAUAUGACGCUAAAAGAUUCAACGACUUUUCAGUAAGCUGGAGGUACGUCUGUGCUGCCUCCCUUUCAACAGCAUCCUCUAACACUUUGCUCACACGACGGCACUAACCGGAUGCAACUAUGCAUCUAGAGGUCAAGGUGGCCCUCAACUUUAUUGUGUCCUACCUGUACAACAAGCUGCCUCGUCGGCGGGCUGACCUUUUUGGCGAGGAGCUGGAGAGGAUACUGGUCUCCCGCUUCGAGGGACACUGGUAUCCUGAGGCCCCUCUUAGGGGAUCCGCUUUCCGCUGCAUCCACUUGGGGGCGCCGAGGGACCCUGUGGUGGAGCUAGCUGCCAAAAGAAGUGGACUGGACACAGAGGAGGUCCGCGCCAAUGUCCCCGCAGAGCUCAGCGUGUGGAUCGACCCUUAUGAGGUCUCCUACCAGAUUGGAGAGAAGGGGGCAGUGAAGGUGCUUUACCUGGAGGACCCUCCAGGCCUGGGUUGUGACAGCGAGAGGGCUGAGGCGGUUAACGGAGAAGGCAAAGGUGAGUCAGAGGCUGAGGAGGCCAAGAGCUUGGGAUUUAAUCCAGAUGCUCAGGUGUUUGUGCCAAUUGGAAGUCAAGCAUCUCCAGCACUCUUGCCAUCCCUGUCAAGCUCUCCCACACCUUUGACAGCUCAGCCUGGGCUCUUUAGCUACCCUAGCUCCAGCACACCUACUGACCCAGGUGUCCAUUCAUCCGACACCUCCUCCCCUUCUCCUUCCAGUGGCGGGUUGCCAUACCUCCCCACUCAGCAGCCGCCUCAAGCCCUUCCUCCUGCCCGUCCACAGCCCAUCACCUUCACCACCGCGAGCUUCGCCGCCACCAAAUUCGGUUCCACCAAAAUGAAGAAGUGCACUGGAGCCGGGUCGCCGGCCAACUCCGGUGUCAUUGUCCCGCCUUCGCAGAGGAUGCUCUCUCGCUCUCCCACCACCAUCUCAGCACCAGAGCUGCUAAAGCACAAGCCCCUAUCGCUCUCUUUGCACUCCCUUGGAGGUCCGAUCCCCAGCCAGCUCUCCCCCAGCGCCAAAGAGUUCGUCUACCCAGGAUCCCCGGGCCCCUUUUUCUUCGACGCAGACACCCAACCAAUGCAGCCACAAGCCAGCCCUUUCCAACCCUCGCACAACCUCGGCUCCAAUCCGACCUUUGACCCGUUUGCCAGCCCUUCUCCUCAAAGCGUGGGCAUCCUCAGCAGCAGCGGAGGAAUCCCUUAUGUGGAGAAACCAUCGUUUGAUGGUUUGGGAAGCUACAGCCUGCAAUAUCCAAGCCAGUCUUUCCAGCCUGUGGUGCUGGCCAACUAAGCCUUCGUCUGGAACAAAGACACUUGGACGCAGACAUGGGUGACUCUCCACUUGUUUUCAGUUUUUCUAACAAGAUAUUAUAAUGCUAACACGCGUCAAGAGUGGGUUUUGCUACAGAGAUUAAAAUAAAUAAAUAAAUAAAUAAAUAAAAAAUAAACAUCUCCAUAACGUACAUUUUGUUAUGUAUCUCUACAUGACAUUCGUUUUGCCUGGACUCAUUUCUGUUCUCCUUCACGUCAACAUUGAUGGUUAGGGAGGCGAGUUUCUUUCUACUUUUCUUUUGUGAUGUGAAGCAUUUAUGUUCCACUCCUCCGACGGACCCGUCUCUAGAGCAGCUCCAUUUUGCACUGCACUGUCAUGCUGUGAAAAAAAAGGACUUUGCCAAGUCCUGCAGGGAACGACUGCUGUGGAAAACUCAGCACUUUGCUCCGCAAUCUGCUCUGCCCUACUUGCCACAAAUACACAGGAGAAGGCGGGGUGGUGUGUGUGUGUGUGGGUGGGUGUAUAGUCCUGCUCCGUUUUGUUAUGGUUCGACCGAGGGAACGGUUGUUUGUCUCCGUUAUCGUCGGACGCAAUGCUUGUUAUCAGCGGCUGGAAUGAGCGGGAAUGAAUGAUGGGCGAGCGGAGAGAAAGUGCAGCACUGGAGAAUGUAUUGUCUGUCAAGGGGAAACCUUUUUGAAUGUAAAUGAGAAAUAAAUUCCAGUUUUAACAAUGCCGAUACCUCUAAUUAAAAAGAAGGUGGGGGGUGGAGGGGGAACACAACACAGGGAAAUGUGCAGACACAAAUGCACCACACGCAUCGACGCGCACGAUGUUCCAGUCAGCAGUGUGUGAAGGUGAACGGGCGAGGAGCAGGAGGUUGGGGAGGGGAUGCAGCAGCCUGAGCAGCAGCGGCGGCGGAUUGUGAUAAAUGGCUUAGCAUGACUUUGACUAUGAAGGAGAGGUUUUUCCUCUGCAUGGAGGAAGAGGGAGGGAGACGGGGAGAGAAACUUCUAGACGAGCGCGAUGCCUCUGCGUCGUCCGGGGCGUACUGGAAAGCGCGCGUGUCCCGCGUUGAAACCCAGAGCACGUUCCCGGUGAAACUAAAACACUACACUAUCCUCUCCUCUCCUCUUGAAAUUCUCCUGCUGUCUCUUUCUCAAGCUGUUGCAAGACUUAAAAAAAAAAAAAGAAAACACCUCUGUACAGUCCCAGGUUUGCUCAGUCUUUUCUCAGCUGCAAAAAAAAGAAAAAAAAAAGAGAGAGAAAUAAUAAAGAACCGAUGUCUGUGUGCACGGCUUUGUCGGACAUGUGACUCUCUCUCUCUUUCUCCCAGCAUCGUAUGUUGUCAUUGGUUACCGCAGGGAAAGGUUAACCUUCACAUGUCCAGCCGCUCAGCACUUUAUCACUGGGUCUCCUGAUGUCACCGCAGCCAUCAGCGCUAAGCCCAUCUUUUUCCCUCGCUUCGUUGUUGCACAUUUUUAUUCAGACAACCUGAAAAACGUUGGAAGGUUAUUGGAUUAGCCUAACCUGCAUUUCAUUGUGUUGGAAAGAUCCCAUCAGACUUUUUGGUUUUUCUUAAAUAUUUUUGAAUAUUUUUCCUGAGGUGUAGCUAUUAUUGUUUGUUUCGCAUUGUAAUUUUGGUUAAAUUUGGCAUAAGGACCCAAAAAUUAUUUUCUCUAAAUUACAUCAGCUUAAUUUCAUGUUUAUUUUUUUUAAUUAUCUUCAAAUGACCCUUUGCAUUUGUAUUGGUUGGGGAUUGUGACUCCAGGAUUGUGUAUAUAAACUUCUCAUGCUCAGAUUCUUUAGUUUUGUACAUCCUGAAGUUAAACCCUUCCCCAUUUCUUUUACUUUUUUUUUUUUGUUUUUCUUUCCGGAAAUGUAUCAUGAAUAUAUGCAAACUGAGACAAAAUAAAGAUGUACAGAAUAAAGUAUUGAAUGUGUAACAUACCUUGUACAGCAUUUGUCUCGUAAAAGACGGGUAAAUGUAUUCUCUUAAGUUUUGAAGUGAACGUUUACAGUGAGGACUGUGGAGGAAAAAGAUGGCAGAUAUCACUCUCUGUGCUCUCCUGGGGCAAAUAGUACUAUUUUACAAGUAAACCAAAAAUCAUCAGAGUUAAGAUUAUAUUGUUUUUGUCCCCCUUUUUUAUUUAAAUAUAAUAUAAUCUUCCAUCUAAUUCCUGCCUGACAUGUACCACCUUUAGCCUAAAGUGUUUUGUCCGUCUGCACUCUCAGACAUACAGCACUUUUAACUUUUCUACGUUGUCACAUUUCAAGCUUCAAUGUAUUUUUGGUGUGCUUUUUGCCAGAUUUGUAUCUUUUUAAGAAAAGAUAAAACUGAAGAGUCUAUUGGGUAUCGACAUGUUUGACAAUCUCUUGCUAAAUUCCCCAAAACUAACAUUGAAGUUUGUAGUGGCA